AUGAAAGUUUCUAUCACCUUCCUUAUCUUGGGCUUAUUUAUCCUGCUUCUUGAGGCUAACCCAGGAAUCAAGGUGAAAAUCACACAAAAAGCGUUGGACUAUGGUAAUCAAUUUGGAGUAGAGCUUGUGAAGCAGAAAUUAAAGGAAAAGACCUUUGAAGACUGGAAUGGAGAAUCUACAUAUGGAUUUUUUGCACUCAAUUACGCAAUUUCAAAGAUAAGAAUUGAUAACAUGGAAUUUCCCGAUACAUCCUUGUCUCUCAUCUCUGGAACUGGGAUUAAACUAUUAGUUGAAAAUGCUUCAGCAAUAGCUACUGCAGAUUGGAGCAUGGAGACCUGGCUAUUCAAAGAUUCUGGAAGUGGGGCUGUCUUCAUUUCAGGAGCAAAUCUCACAGCAAUUGUAAAAGUGUCUCAGAAUAUAUUUGGUCAUUUAAAAUUGUCGCUUGAGACCUGUAAAGGAGAAGUAGAUGAUAUGGACAUCAAAUUGAAUCAUUCUUAUAGAUGGCUGUAUGCAUACUCUAUUGCUUCUCUGGUAACAUCUCUGUGUAGCAUGCUGGCCACAAAUUUGUGUCAGCAAGUGAAUUUUGUGAUCCAAAAGAUUAAUAAAGACUUCAGCCAAUAUCCAGUCCAAGCUCAUAUUGAUAACUUUGCAGUAAUAGACUAUUCCCUGAUAAACUCUUCAACUAUCUUGGAAUCAUCAAUUAACUUGGAUUUAAAGGGAACUGUCUAUUCAGUGGAAGAAAUCACAGAGCCCCCUUUCAAGCCAACUCCCUUUGUUCUUCUGAAUGAAAACAACUCCAUGUUCUAUAUAGGAAUCUCAGAAUAUUUCUUGCAGUCUGCUUCAGUGGCUUACUACACUUCUGGGGCUUUUACUAUCUCUGCUGAGCAAGAGGAAAUGCUUGCUUCUUAUUUCAAGUUAACCACAGAUGCAUUGAAUAGCAUUAUUCCCACUAUUUCUCAUAUUUAUGCAAAGCCACUUCCAGUAAUUAUGAACUUAAGAAUCAUUGAUGCACCCGUGAUUAGUCUGCAUGACAAUAAAUCCAUUCUGGAGUUUUCUGCUUCUAUGGAAGUAUUGGCAAAGAUGCCAAAUUCAACCACUGAAUCCAUGUUCACCUUGAACAUAACAACCAGAACUCAUGCAGAUUUGAUUAUAUUUAACCAGAAGUUGCUAACUACAUUGUGCUUGAACAGUUUCUACAUCUCCUUGGCUCAAUCCAAUGUUGGAUUCUUUGAGGCCUCACUUCUGGAUAAUUUCAUGUCUUACAUUUUACGAAUUGGAAUAAUUCCAGCAGCCAAUUUUAAACUAAAGGAUGGAUUUCCUCUGCCUGUCUUGGACCAAAUAAUUCUUAUGAAGCCCAGUAUUAGAAUUUAUGAGGGUUUCUUGCUGAUUUCUACUGAUAUUCAAAGUCUACGAUAA